UACCGGUGAGGCUAGAACCCCGAGCGUGGUCGGUUGGAGCAAAUAUGUCUGUCCGGAGGCACAUUGGGAAUCCUGAGUAUCUGACCAAGAGGAUACCACAAAACCCAAGGUAUCAGCAUGUCAAGUCAAGACUAGACACUGUGAGCAGUUCAGAGUUAAUCACAAGAAAUCAAGAAUUUCGUGGCAUCUCCUGUCUUCACCCAAAUCACCUUCUACUGAGCUCUUCAAAGACUGAUAUCUUCUUCCUGGGUGCCUGAGUGUAUCUUACCAGCUCCCCAGCAUUGCCAGACUGUGCCAUGAAUGGAUUAUGCUUCCGAUGAAAUCCUGACGGCGUUUUGUUCAGUCUCCACCGCAGGGUUCUUGUGUAUUCUCAAGCACCCUCUCUGGGUUUCUGCUCUGUAGCACUGCAGGCUGAUUAACUUUCCAAACCACAGGGCUCUCCCUUUGUUAGUCUCCUACACUCUUUCAUUGCUGGCAUUAUUCUCUCAUUUCAAUCUAUAUGCAAUCUAAUUUCAAAUUUCUUUAGCUUUCUAAAAUUCUGUAGACUAUCUCCAUUCAGUCUUUUCUAGCCUUUUUUUAUUUUUUAGAAAUUCACCUUAGUUUUCUUAUCUCCAUACAAACUAGUCAUUUCCUUUUUUCUUCUUAGUCUUUACUUUUCCUGAAUAUCUGCUAAUAGCCUUGAUCUUAAGCACUCAAACUCAUUAUAGACUAAGUACUCUUCAUUUUUAUUUGGUAUUUAAUUCUGUUUCUUAUGUCAAAGGCAGAAAUGUAUGUGAAAGCCUUUUACAAACCAGAAAGCACUAUGCACUCGUAUAACUUAUUGAGAUUAACAAAGGACCACUGUGCCUCUUUUCAAGCUUUCUGCUCCUUCUGAGCCAAAAGAACUUCUCCGUAGAGGAGGGAAAUAUUGAAGAAAAAUAAAGCAAUGGAAUUGUCUCUUAGCAACUGAGUUCGUGCCUUAUAAAUCUUACCCACUUUAGAUUACUGCUGCUCAAAAUCACUUACUUUUCUUACUGGCUCAGUUCAAAUAAUGUUAUUAAAUUAUAGGAAAACAAAGGAAAAAAUCUAAUGAAUGAGUCACUCAGUUCGUUGAUUGUGCUCUCUUUGCUUAGGACUAUUGAUAUAGUUGAGUUGUGUUUUUCUCUUGAUUCCAGUUGUAAAACUUUUUUAUAUAUCUUUUGUUGCAACUUAAAUUAUAAACUAAGUAGAAGCUAAAUACCAUCUUAUACAUUUCUAGGUUACCUGAGUCCUGAAACAAUAUAGGUCAUUUAAGUAGUAUGUAACAUAUAUGUACUAUAUAUAAAUCAGGUUGGGCAUAGCUUAGAGAAAAUCAGGUAUCCAAAAACUCAAACCAAAUUGGGGUGUGAUUAUUUACAUUAUAAUAUAAUUCAUUAUAAGGAUUCUUCAGCUAGUAGAUCUUCAUAGUAUUUUUCAUUUAGCAAAUAUUUUUGAUUGCCUCCUACACUAGACAAUGGAAAGGAUAAAGAUGUGUGUGUGUGUGUGUGUGUGUGUGUGUGUAAAUAGUUGUUUUGAGCUGUCAGUAUAAUAAGAUAGAUAAGACUUGCGCACAAAUAAGGCAGUACAAUGAUAAAUGCCUUGUGAGUGGUAAGCCGAGUGCUGUAGAAGUUCCGAGGAGGGAAAGGUCACUUCCAGCUGGGUGAGCUAUUAUGAUUACAUGGGCAAGGUGACAUGUUAGAGAACCAAAGACUAACAGAGAGUUUGUCAAGUUUAGUAAUUAAGGCAAGAUUGAAGAGGUAGGUAAGAUGUUGGUGCCUUCACGAGUAGAGCAAGGAGUUUAAACUUGAGUCAGUAAGUGAUGGGGAGCCGCUGACUUUUUUUAAUCAAAGUAUUGUCUAGGAAAAUGUAUCUGGCAGUAAUGUGUAAUUUUAAUUUUAAAAAAUUAGUCUGUUGAUAGUCUUUUAGCUGCCUUACUUUUGUGUAAAACAAAAAUGUGUUUAUAAAUAAGUCAAUUAUAGAAUUGAUUCAUUUGUAUUCUUUUUAAAAGGUAGUCAAAAAACUAUUCUCAGAUGAAAUUAGAUCCAGUAAGAUGAGCUGCUUAGUUAAGAUAUAAGCAGUAUAUGAAGUGGGAUAAAAUACUACUUUUCAUACUUUCUAAACUCAUUUUUAGAGAUUUUUUUGUGUCAGUUAGUCAUUUCUCCAAUUGAAGCAAUGCAGAAAUCCUCCGUAUUCUUUCCACCCCCCUCUACUUGGAUAGAAUGAAUGGCUGUAAUGAAAAGAACUUAUCAAUAGCCCUCUUAGAUUUGUUCUUAAUUUAGCCAAGUAUUUGUACACCUCUGCAAAAGAUUUUGUUUCUCUGCCUUCUCCUUUAGUGGGAAAAAUAAUCAGUAGGAAUGACAACCUACCUCACAGGGUCGUUGUGAGGCUCUGCUGGUAUGAAGAUGAAGUGUUGUGUAAAUACACUGAAAAUGUUGAGAACUGACUGAGAAAUGGAUUUUAGACAUGUUGUUAGUGGAAACUGCUAUAGAUUGGAAAUGCAAUGUUUUAAUAAUAAAGACUAUAUAAUAAGGUUGGCUGUUGUUUUCCAUUCAUAGUAUGCCUCAGGGAAUUUAGAGCAUAAAAUGGUUCCCACCCAAUACUAUAAAGGAAGUAACACUUCCUACAUAUUUACCUCACAGUGAAAUCAUGUUUUUAAAACAGCACAGCCAGAGAAUGAUAUGUUUUUGUGAGCCAUAUUAGAAACCAGGAGGUUGGGAGUACUAAUCUUGACUUAGUUACCAACUUGCUGUGUCACUGGACAAGUCAGUGAUCCUUUUUGUACCUCAGUUUUUUGACGAUUCUGGAAGGAGGCGUAAAGCUUCUCCAGCCAAAAGAAACUGACUGCCACAUCAACAGCCUGGCACUGUAAGGGACUCAGGAACAUAUAACCAGAAGCUCCUACGUAAAAUAGUUUAAGAAUAAGACUGUAGGACGCUGAACAGCGCACCAUUUGCCCUGUCUUCUAACCCCAGUACUGACCAGUCGAGUUCCCGCCCAAGUGCAGAGUUGCAGGGAAGAGGAUGUGAGUCUGGGAAGGAUUCAUGGUUUCCACUGUGGAGAUCUGGUCACAUCUCAGGUCCAUUAUAGCCUGAAGAACCUAGAAAAGAUCAUAUUUUGUUCUAAUCUUGGUCUUUGGUGCUAUUUGGACUUCUUCUGAGAUGUUCUCAGUGUCUGUCUUGAGGACCCUCAGCUUCUGAGCAGCCCUGACUACUGUCAUGUCUCCCUGAGCUUUUGGAAGGAUACAGUCUGGGUCCAGGACUACACUGAGUCGUGCUUUUUGGUUCUGAUUUGGGGACUGUGUCUUCAGACGAAAAAAAAUUUUUAACUCAGUAGAAUUUUAUUCUAUAAUGAAUUCAUGACAAGGACUUAAUAAUAACAAAUGAUAUAAGUUGUUUUUUGAAAAUGUACUUUGGGUUUUAGAGCAAGGAUUUUCUUUCUUUGCUUCUGACCUAAACAUGAAGAAAAGUUCAGAAUAGUGCUUGAAAACAUCAGUUCAUGCUAUUAAUUGGAAGCAUUUCUUUUACCUGAAGUUGUGACUGAAACUGACUAGCUCCUCUCAAGGCUUAAAAGUUAGGAGCGCAAUUUUAGAAAUGAGAAAUUAUUCUGAAUGUUUUGCUAUACCUUUCAGGUGCCAGAUAGAGCUUGCUGUGCUGAAUUGAAUCAAAUUGAAGCAUGCCUAGUAAAAAAUAAUAGCCCCUGGCUUGAGAAGCAGACUUUAGUUCAUUCGGAAACCAGAAGGAUCCUGGCCCAGUUUUAAUGCAUGAAAACUCUCCAAACCACCUUGGCUAGAGCCUAGUGUUGUAGAACCAGGCCAUAAAACAUGAGGGUUGAGGACUCUCCACAGUGGUGGGAAUCUGCUGUUAUUUCUCAGCAAAUCAAAUCCACAGUGAAUACUGGUGUACAGACUGUGUGGUCUAGUUCAGGCUGCAACAUCAGCAUGAAUAGUGGAAGACCAAGUUCAGGAAAGUGAAGGAAACCACAAAGAUUAAGUGAAGAGGAAAGGGUUGCUUGGGUAGGCACAAUGGCACAUUUUAGACAUUCAGAGAUCAUUGCUUCUUUCUCUUCCUCUGCAUAUCUUCCCCACAAAAAGCUUAUGGGGGGAUAAAUGGAAGAGGAAAGGCUUAACUCAGAAAGAAAAAAUAUUACAUGAAGUGAUCAUUCGUACUGCCUGGGGGGACUUAAUGUUUAUUGGGUGUGCACCUCAGCUUAAUGCAUUUGACCAGAACAUUUCCCUGGAUUCCUUACCUUUUAAUAAUGCUGUAUAAUCCAAAAGACUAUUUACUAUGUCUGAUCCAUUUGUCUACUGUAAUUCUGUAAAAGCAGAAUGGGAAGGCUUAGGGAAUACUUGUACUCCAUUCUGUUUUCACAGUGUUACUCAUUUUCUUCCAUGAAAAGCAUAGCUAAAAUCCUGCUUCUCUUUUUAGGUAACAGUAUGACUAAAUACAUUGAGAAGCUAGAAGAGAUCAAAAAAAAUUAUAGAUACAAAAAAGAUGAGCUUUUUAAGAGACUAAAAGUUACAACUUUUGCCCAGCUGGUCAUCCAAGUUGCUUCCCUAUCUGAUCAAACAUUGGAAGUGACAGCUGAGGAGAUUAAAAGGCUAGAAGACAAUGAUUCUGCAACCUCAGACCCUGAUGCUGAAAUCACUGCCAAGACCAACGGGAAAGGGAGCCCUGGGGAGCAGUCGCCAAGCCCCGUCCAGUUCAUAAACAGCGAGGGAGCCGGGGACUCCAGCCGCUCGACCCUUCAGAGCGUCAUCAGUGGCGUUGGGGAACUGGAUCUAGACAAAGGGCUCGUGAAGAAAGUAGAGCCCAGUACCAAAGACAAACCUUAUCCUGACUGCCCCUUCCUGCUGCUAGAUGUGAGAGAUAGAGAUUCUUACCAGCAGUGCCACAUUGUUGGAGCUUACAGUUACCCAAUUGCAACUCUGUCUAGAACAAUGAACCCUUAUUCAAAUGAUAUUCUUGAAUAUAAAAAUGCCCAUGGCAAGAUCAUCAUUCUGUAUGACGACGAUGAGAGGCUGGCCAGCCAGGCAGCUACCACCAUGUGCGAGCGGGGAUUUGAGAACCUCUUCAUGCUUUCCGGAGGUCUAAAAGUCUUAGCUCAGAAAUUCCCAGAAGGACUGAUUACGGGUUCCCUGCCAGCAUCUUGCCAGCAGACCCUUCCGCCUGCUUCUGCCCGGAAACGAUCCGGCCCGAAAGUGCCGCCCCCAGCAGCCGAGAAUAAAUGGAGAUAUACCCCAGAAGACCUAAAGAAGAUAGAAUAUUACCUGGAAGAGGACCAGGGUCCUGCAGACAGUACUAGCCGGCUGAGCCAAGGUAAUGCUUCUGGAAGAGACUCCAAGGUUCCAGGCUCCCGCAGCGGUCAGAACCUGCCUGCCGGGGCCCCUGCCGGCCACCAGAACCCCCGCUCGCUGGGCAGUGGCCACCUGCAAGGCAAACCCUGGAAGUAAAGACUUUGUCUUAGUCAAAUAAAUGUUUUCUCUCCUUUCGGAACCCCUGAGCAGUUCACAAGUUGGUCAUUUUAAGAAGCUGCUGCAGAGGAAAGACCUCAACGUGUGUCAGGCCCUCUUCCCUCUUCCUGUCUCCAGCUCCUCUCCCACAUCCAACCCGGGAAGGAUUUUUACAAAACCCAGAGGCAUGACAGGCUCUAGUGUCCUCCCUGUUGUUUACAGAAUAUUUAAGUCUCUGAAACUGAGUAGGAAAAAAGUCUAAUUUUUUUAGGCUUUCUUUUUGUUUGUUUGUUUUUAAUAAGGUCCAGUUUGUUUUGGUCUAUAUCCUGCGUUGUUUUGUAAAUACUUCAGGCGCAUCUGGUGUGUCCUUCCCAGCCAGUUCUUUUUCACUCACUCUUCUUGGUUUCACGAAGGCUCUCUCGGUAGGCUUUGCAGCCUGAGAAGCUGUCCCCGGGGGUGCAGACGAUUCGUAGCUUUCAGCCCCCACCAGCUGUGGACCCGCUGGCUGAGGAGCUCUUCGCCCAGCACCCGAGGCAGGAUCCGUCUGGAAGCCGGUACCUGUGAGCGUCACUCAGUUAAGAUUUAGUAGUAGCUCUCACAUGUGCUCAGCGCUUCUCCUCCUCACUAGAUGUUUUCCUGGAACCAGCACAGGUGAUGAUGUGUGCUCAGCUGCCUUCACGGGCAAGUCCUGCCCACUGUUCAGGGCUGGGUUGAGAGCCACUGAAGCCCCCUGGAGCCGUCCCUCAUUUGCGGUUGGUUUAUUAGUUGUAAACUCCCAUUACCCAGCUCAGGCCCAUCCAUCUUAGAUGGGUAGAAAUUAUGGCCACUUGAAAACGUUGGCUUUGGUUGGGCCACUGCCCGCACACAAGGUGAGGACAACUCCACAGUCCUUUGUCAGAGCUGACAACCCUUUAAACCCUUGCUUAAAAAUACAGUAUUAGUCUAAUUGAGUAAUUAGUGCAAUUCCCUGCUUACUUCUCAUUCUCAUGACUGAGCUGUGAUUAGGAGGUUUUGAAUAUAGAUUCUUGUUUGGGCCAGAAUUUUGAAUCAGCGUUAAUUGAAUUGCUAGAUGACUGACAUUCAUUCCAUUUAAUUGGGGGAACAAAAGACCUCAGGUAAGGAUGAGGAACUAUGAAAUCAUCAGGCAAAGGAAAAAGAGCCUUGUUAAUUUUUAUGGUCUGUGAUCUGUAGCUGUGAUAAGGGACUAAGGAAUAAAUUGUGCUCUUUGUCAUGGCAACCAGCUUCUGAAAAGCCAGCUGAAAAUUGCCUAUCCUUAGGUGGUUAUUGCUGCUGGGUAAGAUUUGUCUUAACAGGACUAUUUUUCUCACCACCAAAAAAAAAAUGUAUCACAGUAUUUCCAGCAUGGGGGGCUGUGUUUGUAGGAGAAAUAAAGGUAAUAAAUAUCUUAUAGAGACAUAUGGAAAAAUAACUUUCACAUUCAGCCCAGUUCUGUUUUAGUGUGUUUAUUCUUCUCUACUUGAUUUCCAAAGUGCAACAUUUUCCGAUGUUUUAGAAAUCAAACAAACCAGGGACAUUGUUCAGAUGUCAAGCUGUGCCCAAUUUUCCACAAGAUUCAAGAAUCUUGUAUAAAAUUCAGCCAACGUACACAUAGCUUUAAAGAGGAGCCUGUCAUGUUUCCCCAUAAAUUUAUUGCCUGAGAACUAAGUUCAGCCUUUUGCUAAUGCCAAAAUGCUCUGGCUUUUUAUUUUCUUUACAGCAUAGAUUUUUAAAAAUGCAAAUUUUUCCACACUCAACUUUCCCCUAGCAUGGACAAGAUUUUCAGCCAUUUUGGACACAUAUGCAUUUUUAAGAAAAAAAUUUUUUUUUCUCUGUGACAAAGUUCUGGUUAUGCCAUUUUCAAGUCGACUAGUCAGGAGUUUAGAUUUCCCCACUCGAUUCUAUUUUGAAAGUAAAUGGUAGUCCCCCUUUGUUCCUAUUCUGCAUUCUCAUCACCACACAACACUAGAGUGUUAGAAACUACUAUGUAUAUGUGCAAAGUCAGUAUAGCUGAACCUAUUAGAAUUGCAGUGCAUUUAGUUGAGAGAUCUGGCAGGUUGACUAUAUUUAUGUGUGUUUCUCCAUAGCGCUUUGCCUAUUGGUAAGGAUUUUAAAUAACUACUCCUCAAAGACCUGUUCUGGUUCUGCACUUUGUGUGUUAAAUGUCACUUGCAGUUUUUACACGCUCAAGGUAUUGCUUUGAAUGUUCUACUUUACUAGUUUCUUCGUUAGAUUAACUGACAUGUAUUAUCUAAGCGAUCUGUGAUACUCUGUGCAAUUGUGAAAGUUGAAGAUUAAAGUACAUAGUUCUUAA